AACUUCUACAGCAAAAGCUGUCAUUCACUUCUUCCUUCGUCGUUACUCCUGCCCCACUCACCCACCCUGAUCCAUAGCAUUUCGCUGCUGCACCAUGAAGCCCGGCGUGCCAGGAUCCCGUACUGAGAAGUUCAGGGCGUCCGCUCUCAAGACGGAAGGGAACAAGGAUGAGGCGGAGCGGAUGGUGGACAUCCUCCGCUCCUGGGACACUGACGGCGAUGGCAUGUUCAGGUGAGAGAGGGGGAGGGGAGACGGGCCGAGUGACAUCUGUCACGUGUCUCGUGUGUGUGCCUGUUGUCUGUGGGUGCCUGCAGCGUCCAGGAGGUGUUGUCGGCCGCCCGCCAGAUGGCCCAGGAGAAGAAGACGAGCCACCGCCUCCGAUGGGUCAUAAUCGGCAUCGCCAUCGUGUACAUCGCGACCCUCCUCGUGCUGCUGGGGGUUACAGUAUUGGCCGUCGAGAUCUCCAAGGACCAGCGACCUGACGGAAACAGCAACCUGAUCAGCAGACACACAAAGGACGUCGUUCGUAAGCCGACACACAAACCUGCCCUGCGGGGGGAUGGGGGUUGUGCGCUGCCUGACUGGUGUGAUGUGGUGUUGUGUGUCUGUCGUCUCAUUAGACACGAAGAGCAAGGUUGACACUGUGAACCCGUUUGACUUUAUUGGCGACGACAAGGACCUCACCGACUUCGAAAAUGUACAGUCAGUACACCAUCCCCCCCCACACACACAACUUGGACGGCAGGGCACCCACUCCACUGCACCUGCACCCUGUGCUGCCUGUGCUGUGUGUGUGUUGUGUGCAGGUCGACAACCUGUACAUCGACGAGCUGGGUGUCGCCGCCACCGAAUCUUCCGACGGCGUGCCAGAGUUCCUCGAGAGACUCUACAAAGUCCAGAUGGUGAGUGACCCCCCAAGCCACCAUGCACACCAGACACUCACGUGUCUACCUGUCUGUCUGUCUGUCUGUCUCUGUCAGAUCACGCGCAACAAGAAGCACAACACCUACCGCAUCGACUUCCUGGGCGGCCACUGGCUGGAGGUGUCCAAGGAACAGGCCAUUCUCUGGCGCCCCAAGCCAGAGGGCGGCUGCGGUGAGGGCAUUCCCGAGGUCAACGGCAACUGCCCCUCGGCCGUCAUCCAAAACAAGGAGGAGAGUGAGAUGGAGGUGGUGGAUGCCUUUGAGCAGGUCGACGCUGAGGACAAGGCCGACAGCGACGACCGACGCCUGCAGCCCCGGUCGGCCAUCGUCGGGCCGGCCUACAACACUGGGCCGCGCGGCAUCGGGCGCAAUAUCAACUUCAACUCUGGCCAACUCUACCAAAACGGUUAGCAGAGAGCCGCACACACACAUCGGCAUCGAUCAAUCCCUCCGUGUGUGUGUGUGGAUGUGUCUGUUCAGAUGGCAUUGUGGACCUCGGCCGCGCGCGGUUCUUCUCGCACGGGCAGUUCAGGUGAGGAACGAAGACACACACUUGAGCGACAGACAGCUCACCUCUCUCUGUUGCGGUGUCUUGCCUGUCUCCUUCCUGCAGAUCUUGCAUCGGCCCUUCGUGCUCAUUCUGAGCCAGCAUCUCUCACGGGGCCGAUAGCAUACACAGCAGGGUAGAAUGACAUCGCUUUGAGCGCUUCUUUAUAAGUCUAUUUUUCGGUCCUGCUGACCGAUUCGUUGACGUGUGUGUACUCCAGCCAUUACACUCCAUUGCACUCCAUAACAUUCCACUGCAUGUGUGUGUGAGGGGGCGGGCGGGGGGCACACCAGCCGCGUAGUCGCGUACAAGCGUUGACACACCAUGACACCUCAAUGGAUGCAUGGAUGGAUGGAUGGAUGGCUCGCCCUGUGUCUUUGUUGCUUUCUGUAUCGCCUAUCCUUUUGCCUGCGACACCCAUCGAUUGCCCUUUUUUGGCUGGCCCACCUUUGAGGCAGCCGACAGUCACAUGAAUCGUGUUGUGUGCUCGUUGUGCCGUCAUGCUCAUGCGUGUGGGUGAGGUGAGGAGGUGAGGAGGUGUGCCCUCACCAGUCAGCUCAUGACACGCCGGCAGUGUGCCCCUCCCCACCCCCACCGACUUCAUAAGGGUAUUUUUAUUGCCCUCUCGCCCCCGGCUGGCUGGGAGGGAGGGAGGGAGGGAAGAGGGCGUGGCAAUUGUCUUGAUCGAUCUCAUGGAUGGCUCAUGUUCGUUGCACUGCAACCAGCACGCGCGGCAUGCCAUCCACAGACCGACCCGACCGACUCGACUGAUGUGAUGUGCUCAUAAGACACAUACAUACGAUGACUGAGUGCAUCUGCCUUACUGCCUGCCUGCCUGUGUAUCUAUCGGUUGCCUGUCGCUCUUCUGAUCUUUCCUCCUCCCCUCUCUCUCUCCUCUCUCUCUCUGUGGAUGCGAC